AUGGCGACGGCGUGCUACCAUGCCAUGCCGCUACGCGACUGCAACGUGCUGAUCAGGACCCUGGCUAGGCGCGGCAGUUUCGCACGCGUCAUGGCGGUGUACUACGAUCUCCGCGCGCGCGGCCUCGUCGCAGACAGCUACACCUACCCGUUCGUGCUCAGGGCAAUCGGCGUGAUGAAGCUGUCCGUCGAGGGGCGCAAGGUGCACGCUGCCGCGGUGAAGACCGGGUUCCGCUGGGAUGCGUACACCGCUAGUUCGCUGUUGGAGAUGUACACGAUGCUGGGCCGUGUGGAUUUCGCACGGAAGGUGUUCGACGAGAUGCCGCAGAGAUUCCUGGUGCUGUGGAAUAUGAUGAUGAGGUGCUACAUCAGGUGUGGCCGCUUCACAGCAGCAGUUGCGUUAGCUGAGGAGAUGGAGAGAAGCGGUGCCACACCUGAUAGGGUGACAUUGGUGACCGCCGUUACUGCUUGCUCCAGAGCAGGUGACCUGAGCUUGGGAAGGAGGAUUCGUGCAUACAUGGAUGGAGUUUUUGGAUUUAGCCUCCCAGUUGCAAAUGCGCUUCUGGACAUGUAUACGAAGAAUGGUUACUUGGAAGAGGCGGUGAAGAUGUUCCAGCAAAUGCCCGAGAGGAACAUCAUAUCUUGGACUAUACUAGUGUCUGGAUAUGCCGUUGCUGGUCAGCUGGACAAGCUUUGA